AAUAAAAAAUCGCUUUGUGAGUGAUUGACGUGAUUAUUUAAACGGUUUCCAAUUAAAAAAUAAUUUAAAGAAGAACAAAAAAAGUUUUAAAGCUGUGAAAUCAGUACAAUGUAUAAUGGCUGAAUAUUGCUAGUUGAGGAAAAAGUUACUAGGAGUAUUUUAGCAAAAUGCAUGGCGAAGUAUUAGUUCUGAAUUAUUACAACCGUCAUUCUGAUUAUUUAGUUAAAAGCUAGAUGUUAUUGUCAAAAUGUAUGAUAUUAAUUUAAACAAUUACAGCAGUGGCAUGGCAAUAGGUGUACCUAGUAGUGGAUCCGGCAAUAUAAAUUUGGUUUUGCAUAAGACAACCAAUACAUUUGUUGUAAUAAAAAAGUACUUUAUUGAUGACAAAGAGCCCGAAGACUUCAAUCUUGUUGAGCAAGAGAUAGUAACUACUAGACAAUUGCAACAUCCAAAUGUGCUUCCUUACCUCAGUGCUUUUGUAUCUGGUCAUGAUGUUUACGUUACAUCCCCUCUCAUGAGCUAUGGCUCGUGCAGUGAUUUAAUCAGGGAACACUUUCAAGAAGGUUUUCCAGAGAUUGCUGUUGCAUUUAUUAUUAAGGAUGUUUUGCAUGGUCUUGAUUAUAUCCAUAAGAAAGGGAUCAUACACAGAGCCCUGAAGGCGAGUCAUAUUCUAAUUUCCGAGCAUGGACAAGUUUGCAUAUGUGGUAUGAGGUAUUCAUGUAAAGUAAUGAAAAGUGGCAAGUGGCAACGAACUCUUUAUGCUUUUCCUAAAUCAAGUACCAACAAUCUCAAGUGGCUUAGUCCUGAAAUAUUGCAACAGGAUCUUCGUGGCUACAAUGAAAAAUCAGAUAUUUACAGUCUUGGAAUCACCAUUUGUGAGUUGGCCAAUGGUACUAUACCUUUUGCUGGGUUACCAGACACUUUGAUGUUGACUGAAAAAGUUAGACGCUGCAUUCCUCAGAUUAUGGAUAGGUCUACAUUUCCAGUGGAUGUCAUGGAUAUUGAACAAUCUGGAGGAGAGGCAAGCAACGAAAAUUCAUUGAAAAAGGCUGAAAUAAUGUCUACUCGCAAGUUUUCCGAAUCGUUUCAUGAGUUAGCUGAAUUCUGCCUCCAGUGUGACCCAAGUGACAGACCCAGUAUUGCGCGACUGCUGGCACAUUCAUUUUUUAAACAGUGCAGAAAAAGUGAUACUACAUUACUUGAUAUUUUGAAGCCAAUAAAACCGCUACAUCAACGUUUUGUAGAAAAUUUCGAAGAUCAAGCUGCAGCAUUAUCCACGGAGUUUGUUAAUUUAGAGCUGGAAAGCUGUCAGUGGGACUUUGAAAACACUUGAAAAUGUAUUAU